AUGUCAGUGAUGUCUCUCAUCGAUUUUCCAAGUGUUGUACUACACAAAGUUUUGAAUGAAUUGGAUUUGUUUUCUGUUCUAACCCUCCGCAAAGUUUCUCACGGUCUUCGUUCCUUUAUUGAUGACUCCACCCUACUACGAAAUUCAAAUUUCCCGCCAAAAAUCCGUCUCGAACUCAACGAAGAAUUUAUCUUACUGGAGCUCGAUACCAAGACUAUUCAAUACGAAAAGCACCAAUGUCAAGUUGUGUGGAAGAAAGAUUCAGAAGACUGGAGUCGUGGAAAAUCGAAAAUGUUCGAGGAGGAAAAUUUCGAGCAGUUGUUUUUGAAAGAUUUCGCAAUUAUUUUGAAAUUUAACAAUUCAAGAAAGAUGGAAUGUUUUGAGCUGGGAAUUCAAGAUAUCGAUUCGAAAAUUGAAAUCUUUUCUUCUGAAUUCAAAGUCAAAGAAGUCAUCUUAAAAGUCUCAAGUCCAAAUCAAGUUCUGAAAUUUCUCCCGUUUUUUGAUGCUGGAAUCUUGGAGAAACUUGUUUUAAUGGAAGCAGAGAUGCAAGAAGAGGAAGAUGAGGAACAUAAAGAACGUUUUGAUUUAAAAAGAAUCGCAGAACUACCCCAAUGGAAACAUACCAAAAAUGUUGAGGUUCAAGGCUUGAAUGUGUCUCCAAAAACCAAGAAUUACCUUCACUUUUCCACUGUGAAAGUUUAUUUUGAAUCGGUGCCGUAUCAGGAGAUUGUGCUGUUGAAAGAAAAGUUCCUAACGUCUUCUACACUCACCCGAUUUGAGAUUUUCUUCGAUUACAUCACGGAUGACGAGCAAUUACAAGUGGCUCUCGGGGAAUCAUUUAAAGAACUUGAUGACGGGCUGCAUGGCCAGGAAAGAUGGUUCUUCGGGAUUUCGAAUUGUCCAGAAAUUGUGGAAUUAGUUAUAACUACAAUGGGGAGUAUUGCUUAUAGUCGUGUUAAUAGGGACAGUGUUCCAGGAGGAGCUGUGAUAUGGGAUUAG